AACCUUUUCUUCUUCUUUAAUUACCAAUCAUGCAACAACAACAACAAUACUUGUCUAAUCCUCUACAACCAAGAAAUCAUUUAUUUACUUGUCUUGCCUGUCAAGUUGCUUUUCCUACAAGUGAAAGACAGCGAACUCAUUAUCGCUCAGAUUGGCACAAGUAUAAUUUGAAAAGAAAGAUUGCUCAACUUGCACCUAUUAAUGCUGAACAAUUUGCUCAGAAGGUUUUAGCUCAACAAACAAAGGGAAGAGAAGAAGAAGAGAGACAGGGCAUUAUCUAUGAAUGCACAUUUUGCAGAAAAUCCUAUUUCUCUGAAAACGCCUUUGCCAAUCAUUUGUUGUCCAAGAAACAUAAAGACAUGGAGGCACUUAUUGGUAGAGAGCAUUUAUCGUCGCCUUCUCUUCAGCCUCAGCAAGUGGCUCAUUAUAAGCACCAUCAGAAGAUUAGUUUGUUCUCUGAUGCAGAAGAUACCGACAAUGAAUCUGUCAUAUCCACCGCCAGUGAUACAGAAAGAAUAACUGAUUACUGUAUAUUCUGUGGCGUCGACAAUAGAGAUUUCAAUACCAACCUUGAACAUAUGAAGGUUCAACAUGGCUUCUUUUUGCCUGAUGUUGAAUAUUUAGAGGAUCCAAAGGGAUUGGUCGCCUAUUUGGCAGAUAAAAUUAUCAAUGACUUUGUCUGUCUGUAUUGUAAUGGCAGAGGAAAGGAAUGGAAAUCGCUUGUUGCUGUACGCAAACAUAUGCUUGACAAAGGUCAUUGUAAGAUGGCUUAUGAUGAAUCAGAAGAUCCUGAAGAACUGCUGAAGUAUUACAAUUUUGAGCCAUUAGGAGAUCAAGUGUUAACACAGACAGAUGAAAAUAAUGAAUUGGUAUUAGAAUCUGGUAUAAAGCUGGGUCAUCGUCAGUUUAUGAAGCAUUAUAAACAACGUGUAAGAAGAACUACGCCAUCUCAAGAAAUAGUAGCCGAUGUGCCUGCCAUAGAACCUCGUAAUAGAAAAGAGCGAAGGCAGAUAACAUUUGGUAAUACAUCAACCGUUGCUACAACAACAACAACAGCAGCAGCAGUACCUAGACUACCCGAGAUUGCCCUAAGACAGCAUCAAAAGGACUACACUGCUUCAUUUAGAAAUAAUUUAGUGGCAACAAAUCGCCUUCGUAUACAAAAUACAAUCUAA